AUGGAUGAAAAAUCAAGCCAGAAAGCACCUCUGCUAUCAAGAAAAGCUGAUGAAGUCACAACUACUUAUCCCCAGAAAAAACCUUUCUUGUUAUCAUCAGCAAAAUGGGCUCUCAGAGUUGCAAUGUGGGCGGUUUUCAUGGCAUGGAUGGCUUCUGUUUUUCUCUAUCCUUCGGAUUCUUUCAACACUUCCUAUCUCAAAUGGGCUCGAUUCACUGAGGGAACUCUGUUUGGGAUCGCCGGAACUAUAUUCUUAACUUACAGUGCCCCCGUGAUUCUCAUUGCAUUUCUUGCCACUCCUUAUAUGGUUCUACGUGGCAAUGAGGAAUUUCAUGUCAAUAAGAAGAAUUCGAGAUAUGCGCGCUUUCGGCUAUGGACAUUCCCGGUUCUUGUGGGUGGACCUUUUGGAGUCGUCUCGGCUGCUGAGUUGAUCUGGAUCGUCAUAGCUACCGCGUAUGUGCUGUGGGCAUUUGCGGCUUUAACCGUCAAGAACCGUGAAAUCUUAUCAUGGUUUCAACUUCCAUCGAAAGAGUGGAGUCUUUUGAUGCUAGAACUAACAGGUCUGCGGUUGGGGAUGAUUGGACUAUUUUGCUUGGCAUUUUUAUUCUUGCCCAUUUCCAGAGGAUCCAUUCUCCUCCGGCUUAUAGAUAUUCCUUUCGAGCAUGCCACGAGAUAUCAUGUUUGGCUUGGACAUCUCACUAUGCUGUUGUUUACACUCCACGGCCUUCUCUUUGUGAUCCCAUGGGCUAUACAGGGCUGCCUCAUCUCCAAACUGCUAGAGUGGAAAAACAUAGGUAUUGCCAAUCUUCCAGGAGUUAUAAGCCUUGUGGCCGGUCUGCUGAUGUGGGUCACCUCACUUCCGGGCGUGAGGAGGAUGAAUUUCGAGCUGUUUUUCUAUACGCAUCAACUGUACAUAGUCUUUGUCGUCUCUUUGGCGCUGCACGUUGGUGAUUUCAUCUUCUGUUUCGCUGCGGGAGGAAUAUUUCUUUUUAUGCUCGAUCGUUUUCUUAGAUUCUUUCAGUCCCGAAGGACAGUUGAUAUACUCUCGGCUAGGUGCUUCCCAUGUGGGACUCUGGAGCUGGUCCUUUGCAAACCUGCCAACCUGCACUAUAAUGCUCUGAGUUGGAUUUUUCUACAAGUACGUGAAUUAUCUUGGCUUCAGUGGCAUCCGUUUAGUGUUUCUUCAAGUCCUCUCGACGGUAGACAUCAUAUAGCGGUCCUCAUAAAAGUUCUUGGAGAUUGGACUCAGAAAUUGGAGAGACGUAUCUCGAGUCUCUCUGAGAUUGAAGCUCAGACACAACAACUGCUGCAAACGAAUUUCGGAAUAACGGCUUCUGUGGAGGGUCCUUAUGGUCAUGAAUCGUCUUACCACUUGAUGUACGAGAACCUCAUUCUAGUCGCGGGUGGCAUUGGGAUUUCACCUUUCCUGGCUAUCCUAAGCGAUGUUCUACACCGAAUUAAUGAUGGCAAACCUUGUCGGCCGAAAAAUAUACUGAUAAUAUGGGCUAUCAAGACGGCAGACGAGCUUCCUCUUCUUAAUACGGUGGACAUCAACUCUAUCUGUCCAACGUUCUCAGAGACGCUCAACCUUGAAAUUCAAACUUACAUCACUCGACAAUCAGAACCCACCCUGGAAGAGGGUAAAGCAAUAGAGCCGGUUAGCUCGACUGUUUUCCCAGCCUACAAGAAGAAACAUGGAAUGUCUGUGUUGGUUGGCACGGGAAACAUAAUAUGGUCCGGGAUGUACGUAAUUGUAUCUACUUUGGGAUUGGGAAUUAAUGUGGCUUUAUUAAAUGUCUUUUAUGUAAAUCCAUAUGGAGUGGAAUAUUGGUGGUACAAGGGGCUUUUGUUCAUGGCGUGCAUGGUCGUGAGUGUGCUCGUUUUUGGGGGUUUGGUGAUUCUUUUGUGGCAUUUAUGGGAAAAACGAACCUCGGAUUACGAUUUUGAGGACACAAAAGAAGAUGGGUUCGUUCAACCAAAUGAGCCAAAGAUGGAGAAGAGUUCGACUGGCAAGGAGCAAUGUGUUACCACCAUUCGGUACGGUCAGAGGCCAGAUUUUGGAGGAAUAUUCGAAUCGAUGUCUGAUAGAUUGGGGAACGUUGAUAUCGGCGUCAUACUAUGUGGGCCACCGGCUCUUCAGACAAGUGUUGCUAAAGAAUGCAGAAAACAGAAUCUCCGGCGACGUGGGAAUCGGGCCAUAUUCCAUUUCAACAGCCAUAGCUUUGAUCUGUAA